AGGUUUAUAAUUACGUGCAUUUAGAUAAAUAGAUAUAGAUGAAGCAAUUUUCGACUUUAAUUUUUUUCCCCCUUUUCCCUUUUUCUUUAUCACUUUAUAAUUAUUGUUUUCAUUUAUAAUAAUAAUUAUCAUACCAAAUUCUAAAUAUUAAGAAGAGUAAUUAGUAAAUGAUUCAAGUUUCUCUCUCCUAACAAAACUCAUCUCUCUCUCUCUCUCUUUCUAUCACUUUCUCUCUCUUUCUUCUGAACUCUGCAACUAAUUUUCAGAUCAUUUACUCUCCCAGAUUCUCUCUCCUACCUUUUCGCUGAUUCAUUUCUGACCAUUUUCCUCUUUCUCUCUCCUCUUUUUUCCGGCGCUAGUCAAUCCACCUUUGACUUUCUUUACACCCUCACCAAAAAAAAAAAAAAAAAUCCACUAGUUUCUCGCAUUUUGUGAUUUCGAAUUUGUUCGUAUUUGAGUGUGAUUUUUGUUAGUUAUUAGUGUAAUUCAGCUGAAAUUAAGCUGUUAAUAAUGCCGGAAAUCCGAGGUUUCUGGAAUACUUGAUGAUGAAGUGAAAUUUGAUUUGAGGAAGUUGUUGAAAUUGAAGAUUUUAAUUGAGAAUUUGAUGUAUGGAAGGGUUUCAUUUCUUUGAGAAUGGAUGAGUUGAAGUUGAAGUUGAGUUUGAGUUGAAUUUCUUUGGAUUUUAUGUGUUUGAUUUUUGGGGGAAAUUUCUGGUUUGAGCUUCAAUUUUUGAGGAGAUGGAUAAAAUGACUACAGAUCUUACUCGCAAUGGUCCUGUUGAAAGAGAUAUUGAGCAGGCGAUUACUGCCCUUAAAAAAGGUGCAUAUCUGCUGAAGUAUGGAAGAAGAGGAAAACCAAAGUUCUGUCCAUUCCGGCUAUCCAAUGAUGAAUCUGUUUUGAUAUGGUUCUCGGGGAAAGAGGAGAAGCACCUGAAGCUGAGCCAUGUUUCCAGAAUUAUUUCUGGCCAGCGCACACCAAUUUUUCAAAGAUAUCCUCGGCCGGAGAAGGAAUACCAGUCAUUUUCUCUCAUAUAUAAUGAUAGAUCAUUGGAUUUGAUUUGCAAGGAUAAGGAUGAAGCUGAAGUAUGGUUUAGUGGCCUCAAAGCUUUAAUUUCAAGGACUCAGCAACGGAAGUGGAGAACAGAAUCAAGGAGUGAUAGCAUUCCAUCUGAAGCAAAUAGUCCUAGGACCUAUACACGAAGAAGCUCUCCUUUACACUCUCCCUUUGCUAGUGGAGAUAGCUUGCAGAAGGAUAGCAGUGAACACCUCCGUCUUCAUAGUCCAUACGACAGCCCCCCUAAAAAUGCUUUGGACAAAGCAGUCUCAGAUGUGAUGCUUACUGCGCCCCCUAAGGGUUUUUUCCCUUCAGAUUCUGCUGCUAUGUCUGUCCAUUCCAUUUCUUCAGGUUCAGAUAGUGUAUAUAGUCAAAUGAAAGGAAUGGGUGCAGAUACUUUUAGGGUCAGUCUAUCAAGUGCUGUUAGCUCAUCAAGUCAAGGUUCUGGUCUUGAUGAGGGGGAUGCCCUGGGUGAUGUUUUUAUCUGGGGAGAAGGUACAGGAGAUGGUGUGUUGGGUGGAGGAGUGCGUAGAACAGGUAGUUGUUUUGGUAACAAGAUGGAUUCUUUGUUGCCUAAGGCAUUAGAGUCGGCUGUAGUGUUGGAUGUCCAGAACAUAGCUUGUGGCGUAUGGCAUGCAGCUCUAGUUACCAAGCAAGGGGAGAUUUUUUCUUGGGGUGAGGAAACAGGUGGCAGACUGGGGCAUGGGGUGGAUGCUGAUGUAUCACAUCCAAAGCUCAUUGAUGCCCUCAGCACCACCAACAUUGAGCUUGUAGCAUGUGGGGAGCAUCAUACUUGUGCUGUCACCCUUUCUGGUGAAUUGUACACCUGGGGUGAUGGUGCUUUCAAUUUUGGCCUUCUUGGGCAUGGGAAUGAUGUAAGCCACUGGGUCCCGAAAAGAGUGAAUGGUCCGCUAGAGGGCAUACAUGUCUCAUACAUCUCCUGUGGACCCUGGCACACAGCUGUUGUGACUUCUGCUGGGCAAUUAUUUACUUUUGGAGAUGGCACUUUUGGUGUUUUGGGCCAUGGAGACCGUAAAAGUGUUUCCAUACCCAGAGAAGUGGAGUCCCUAAAGGGUCUUCGCACAGUUCGAGCUGCUUGUGGUGUUUGGCAUACUGCUGCAGUUGUAGAAGUUAUGGUGGGCAGCUCAGGGUCUAGCAACUGCUCUUCAGGUAAGCUAUUUACUUGGGGUGAUGGAGAUAAAGGCCGACUUGGGCAUGGUGAUAAGGAGGCAAAACUUGUGCCCACAUGUGUUGCUGAUCUUGUAGAGCCUAAUUUCUGUCAGGUUACCUGUGGAUAUAGCAUAACAGUUGCACUUACAACGUCUGGUCAUGUAUAUACGAUGGGCAGCCCUGUUUAUGGCCAACUAGGUAAUCCUCAUAGUGAUGGGAAGCUCCCGACACGUGUGGAAGGAAAGCUUUCAAAGUGUUUUGUGGAGGAGAUAGCUUGUGGUGCUUAUCAUGUUGCUGCCUUGACCUCAAGAACUGAAGUUUACACUUGGGGGAAGGGUGCCAAUGGACGAUUAGGUCAUGGGGAUACAGAAGAUCGAAAUGGCCCUACAUUAGUAGAAGCUCUAAAAGAUAAACAAGUGAGAAGUAUUGCUUGUGGUACAAACUUCACUGCCGCUGUAUGUCUACAUAAGUGGGUUUCAGGUGUUGAUCAGUCAAUGUGUUCUGGCUGUCGCUUGCCAUUUAAUUUCAAAAGAAAACGACAUAACUGUUACAAUUGCGGGCUUUUAUUUUGUCAUUCAUGUAGUAGUAAGAAGUCUUUCAAGGCUUCCAUGGCACCUAAUCCAAACAAACCUUAUCGAGUCUGUGAUAAUUGCCUUACUAAACUUAGGAAAGCAGUUGAAACUGGGGCUUCAACCCGUUCCUCUGCUAGUAGAAGAGGAAUCGUGAAUCAAGGGACUGAGCUUAAUGAGAGAGAGGAAAAGCUUGAUUCUGGAUCCCGUGGUCAGCUUGCAAGAUACUCUUCAAUGGACUCCUCAGAAGGUCGAUCUAAGAAAAACAAGAAGUUUGAAUAUGAUAGCAGUCGUGUAUCACCUAUACCAAAUGGAGGGUCACAAUGGGGAGCUAAUAUAUCCAAAUCUUUCAAUCCUAUGUUUGGGUCAUCAAAGAAAUUUUUCUCCGCUUCAGUUCCUGGAUCCAGAAUAGUUUCUCGAGCAACUUCACCAAUCUCUAGACGGCCAAGUCCACCUCGUUCAACAACACCUACCCCAACCCUCUCAGGACUUAUGUCCCCAAAAGUGACUGUUGAUGAUGCCAAGGGGACCAAUGAUAGCCUUAGCCAGGAGGUUAUCCGAUUAAGAGCACAGGUUGAAAGUCUCACUCGCAAAGCUCAGGUUCAAGAGGUUGAAUUGGAAAGAGCAAACAAGCAAUUAAAGGAAGCGAUAUCAAUAGCAGGUGAAGAGACUGCAAAAUGCAAAGCGGCCAAGGAAGUGAUCAAAUCACUAACUGCCCAGCUCAAAGAGAUGGCUGAAAGGCUACCUGUUGGAGCUACGCGAAAUAGCAAGUCUCCUGUAUUUCCAUCGUUGUCCUCCACUCCUACUUUUGCUGACAUCUCAAAUCCCUCAAUCAACCAAUGUAAUGACCAGAUACCUAGCCUUGACUCAUAUGGUUUCAAUGGUCUUGUGUUUUCAAAUGGGUCAGGCACCCCUAGUAGCCGUAGUUCUGUUCAAAGUAGAGUAGCUAGUACAGAGGCGACAAGAAAUGGUAAUAGAACUCGAGAAGGUGAGCCUCGUCCAGAGAAUGAAUGGGUUGAGCAGGAUGAGCCGGGUGUAUAUAUUACAUUUGUCUCCUUACCUGGAGGUAUCAAGGAUCUAAAGAGAGUUCGUUUUAGCCGGAAAAGGUUUAGUGAAAAGCAAGCAGAACAGUGGUGGGCAGCAAACCGAGAAAGAGUAUACGAGCGUUACAAUGUUCGUACAUCUGAUAAGUCGAGUGUUGGUGUUGAAAGUGACCUAGGCUCAUUCAUCACCGAUAAAUGAAAUUUGUAGCCUUGGAGAUUUAUUUUACAAGUUUCGCUCCUACAGCUUAUGCAUUAUGUUGUUCCACACGAUUUUGUGCUGAUCUUUAUGAAGCUGUGAAUCUUGGACUAAUAUUAACAGUCCAGAUGCAGAGGUUCGAUUGUUUUCUUUGAUUCUUUCUCUAGUCCCUAAAAUUUGAUUGUAGCUUCCCUUUUUUUUUUUUUUCCUUAUCUUUUUUAACUGUAAGAUGUGUGAGGGUUGAGGGUGAGAAAUGUAUAUACAUUGUACGUUGCUGGCUAUUGUUAAAAGCAGCUGCCUUGUAAAUUCUGAUUAAAUGAAAGCAAUUUUCAGGUUUUCUAACCUCCUUUGACAGGGCUUUCCA